GCACAAACCCGCAAGCAUGACUCGAUCUGGAUGACUGCAACCCAAGAGAGAGCCACGAAAGUGGCCCACUAAGGCAGUGGAAGCUCUAGGCCUAAAGAUGCGAGGGGCCUGAUUCCACUCUCGAACGUGAAUCACGCUCGCCUGAGGAAAGAUGCGAGGCACCAUCGCAUCCUGCAUCCACCAGCUUCGAUCAAAGUCAGAAAGGUAUGUACUUAAGUACCUUCGCUUCUGACAAAGUCUCAAUUGUCGCAAAGUAAGUUGCCCAGAGCGAAUUUGUGAAGGCGAAGAGCGUAUCCACGACCUCUCAAGGCGCUCAUUCGGAGGAUCUGGACACCCCAGUUGGCCAACCACCCUUGAGGUCCAGACAUACCACUUGAGCCACAGCACAACAAAGAAGUCCCAGUUCACCACGAUGGCAGUCCAGGGCCACUGCAACCCACGCUUCGCCUCGCUCAAAUCCGAACUGGAAUCCCAACUCAAGUCCGGCAAUGAACUUGGCGCCUCCAUAGUCGUCAAUAUCGACGGCGAGAACGUCGUCGACAUCUGGGGCGGCCAUGCCGACUCUGCACACACCCUGCCCUGGGACCGGGACACAAUAGCCAACGUAUGGUCCUCGACGAAAACCAUCACCACCCUCGCCGCGCUCAUCCAGAUCUCUCGUGGGCAUCUCGACCCCGACGCCCCGGUGUCCAAAUACUGGCCCGAGUUCGCCCAGAACGGCAAAGACAAAGUUCUGGUCCGACACUUUCUAAGCCACACCUCCGGCGUAUCAGGCUGGGAAGGGCCCAUCACAUGGCCGGAGAUCUAUGACCCCGUGACAUCCGUCGAACGCCUCGCCGCCCAAGCACCGUGGUGGGAGCCCGGCACCGCAAGCGGCUACCACGCCGUCAACAUGGGCCAUCUGAUCGGCGAACUAAUCAAACGCACCAGCGGCAAGACACUCAAGCAAUUCGUGUCCGACGAGAUCGCGACGCCACUCGGUGCGGACUUCCAAAUCGGCGCCGCAGAGCAGGAUUGGCCGCGCGUAGCGAGCCUCGUCCCGCCGCCUCCUGCGGCCUUCGACUUCAGCAAACUCGACCCGAACAGCCCGACGGUGAAAACGUUCGCCAACCCGGUCAUGGACGCUACCAACGCACACACGCCCGAAUGGCGACGCGCCGACCUCGGUGCCGUCAACGGCCACGGCAAUGCGAGAUCGUUGGUGCGCAUCCUCUCGACGGCAGUCACGCUGGGCAAAGUCGACUCGGACGGCGUGCGGCUCCUCAGCCCCGAGACCAUUGACCGGAUUUUCAAGGUCCAGGCCGACGGCACGGACGUCGUCAUCGGGAUCCCCGUGUGCUUUGGGACCGGGUAUGGCUUGACGAGUGGUGGGACGGCGACCAGCGUGCCGUGGUUGCCCCAGGGGAAGGUGUGCUUUUGGCCUGGUUGGGGUGGCAGCAUCGUCAUCAUGGACCUGGAGAGGAAGAUCACAUUUGCGUAUGUGAUGAACAAGAUGGGUCCAGGCAUUUUGGGCUCCGAUCGGACCGAGGCGUAUGUCAAGGCUGCGUACAAGGCGCUAGGUCUCGACGGGUAUUGAUCAAUGCUGAACUGAAGUACAAGGUGGCGAGCAGUAUAGCGCAUUUGCCAAAAAAAAAAGCUCAAGACCAGAAUACAUCUCCGUGUCGCAGUGGUCUUGCAAGGGAUGAGAUAUAUAUGGUUGAUGAGCUACAUAUGCUGCAUGCCCUGGUUGUGCCCUUCAAAGAUCAUACAUGUUUCCUCGCUGGAUGCCUUCCUUGCAAGGGUAUCAAUGAGUAAUGCGACCAAGCCCUCCAUAAACCCUCACUGAGUAUAUAUAUAUACAUAUAAUAAAGCACCAUUUGUAUUCG